CCCGUUGGAAACAAAACCGAAGCCCCGAGACAGCAUGGCGGCGUAAGGCAUACCGGGACAUGAGAGCAGGAGUGAGGAACAAAGAGGAAGAGAACCAACCCACACCACAGGACCGCAAUGAACCAGAACCCAUCCGCAGAGAGGAACCUAGUGGCUGGGGAGGGGGCCGGGGCCAUCAACUCGCAGGGGAUAAAGUUUUUGCCCUUCCAUGCACCACCACAAAAGCUGGAGGCGAAGCAGGAGACCAAGGGUGUGUUUGUGAGGAACAUCCCCAAGGACUUAACUAACAAAGAGCUGAGGCACAUCUUCAGUGAGUACGGCAAGGUUGUGAGUGUGUACCUCAAGCCUAUUACCCCCGGGGCCAAGUACAGCUGGGCCAUCAUUAACGUGGAGACCUCAAGGGACUUGCUGGCCAUAAUGUCUGCCCUCAACAAGAAGCCUCCUUUCUACUUUGACGUAUCUCUGGCGCUCACCGAGGAACAGAAGAAACAGCGGAAGGCACCCAACGGAGGAAUGGAUCUGUCCUCAUGCGAUCAGGAUACUUGGACCUAUGAUAAGGGUGAGCUCAGUGGCCCCCCCCUUCCAUGCCCCUCCACCAUGGGGGCUCAGGGGGCACUGAAUGGAGGGACAACAUAUGGGUCACAGGGCUUGGUCAGGAGGGAAGCAGAGCAGCAGCAGGGAUUGCUCAGUGAAGAAAAAGUGAAAGUCAGUGUCCCAGUGCCCUCUCGUAAUGAGUCGUACGAGGUUGGGAAAGGGACGGCAGUGGUGGCAGCAUCCCGGAAGCAGCUGUGUGUGUUCUGCGGCGUCCUGGGCCACAUGAGGUGCUCAGUGUGCAAGGCGUGGUACUGCAGCAUGGUGUGUCAGGUGGAUGACUGGUACCACCACAAGGAGACCUGCCGCUCUCCGCCGGUUUUGGACGAUCCAGUUAAGGUGCAUCGUAGCCUCUGUGGGGCUGGUGGCGAGGCACCUGGGGCCAGCGACACUGUGUUGCCCGCAUCCCCAGUGCUUGCUGAUGGCUGCGAGAAGGACCUCCACAGAGGGAUGCUGAAGGAGGGAGGUGCUUGCUGCAGCCCAAAGAAGACUUUGGACAAUGAGACGCAGCCAAGAGGGAACAUUGCAAGCUCUCCAGGUGGUGACACAGCACUCACCAAGAGAAGUUCAGCAACAGAAAAUGGCUUUAGCAGUGGUGCCAUCACAGGGAGUAUUGUAGAGCAUAAUGAUCAUGGUAUAGGAAGGGGGGCCAUUCCAAAGAGAAGCACUGUAGCACCAAGCAGCAAUUUGAUUGGAUAUGAUGGCACAUCCAAGCCAAGUUUCCGUGUAGGAAGUUGUUUGGGCGUAGCUCCAAAGGGAAGUCUUGUAACAGAAAAUGGUCCUGGGAGAGGGAGGGGUGUUACUCUGCAGAGAGACGAGGAAAACUUUGCAGUAAGCAAUGGUCCUGUGGGAGGAAGGGGUGUUAACCCGCAGAGAAAUGUGGAGGAAAAGUUUGCAGGAGAGAGCGGUCUUGCGAGAGGAAGGGCUUCAAUCCUGCAGAUGCAUGUUGAGGAAGGCCCUGCAAUAGAAAUUGGGCCUGCAAGAGGAAGGGGUGCUAUCCUACAGAAGGAUGUGGAGCUUGUAGCCUCAAGGAGAAACCCUUCAGAGGUGCUGCCACCAAAUCAUCGUAAGAUAGAAAGAAUAACUGAGGAAGAAGAGGAGCUCCCCAAACCUUCCACUGCCAAAGAAAUAGUUACCCCAGGUACUGAUGAAGGCACACCUACAGAGUGUUCAAGCAGUGUCAAGGCAGCUUCAUCAACUCACAAGGAGGAAUCCAACCCUUCACCAGAGGUUUCAUCGACCAAGAAUGUUAUUGAAGGUAAACCGAACUUUGCCAGUCUGUUGGAAAAGGGCAAAGUCUACAACGGGUUCAUCACCUUGGUGGACAGCUACAAACACUUCACUGCUGCGGUCGUGGUGGACGGCACCGAGUAUAUAUUCAGCGAGGCCCAUGAGACCCUCGGCAACACUCCCUUCAGGGGUGACUUCAGGCCUGAGGUGGGCUCGGUGGUGGCUGCUUUCUCCUCCAUUGAACAGACUUGGUACCGGGCGCAGGUAUUGCAGGCAGAUCACCCCAAGUACAAGGUGUGCUUCAUUGACUUUGGGAACAAGGAGGAAGUGGAGAAAGUAAAGACAAUCCCUGAAGGACCAUUUGCAGAGCUCCCAGAAUUAGCCUUUUCAGCAAGAUUUUUUUCUGGAUUAAAGGAUGACUUUGAGGGUCAACUAAAGAUAAUGAUUAAGGCUGACAGCCCCAUCAAGUUUAAAGUUACAGCCAAGAAGCAAUUCUCUGUGAAGGUGAGCCUCUGUGAGGAUGAUGAUGAAAAUGACACUCCCGUUGCUGAGUACAUACUGGAGCAGCUUUUGCCACGGUCUUUCUCUGCACAGACCUCAGAAGUAAAGGCCACCUCUGUAGAAGUAAAGGCUGCUCAAGAAACAAAGGCCCAAGAAACAAAGGCCAUAUCCCAAGAAACAAGGGCCAUUUCUCAAGAAACUAAGGCUUCUUCCCAAGAAUCAAAGGCAUCAUUCCUAGAAACAAAGGCCAUAGCCCUUGAAAAAAUGGCUAAUUUUCCAAAAACAAAGGCUAUUUUUCCAGAAAUGGCUUCUUUCCCUGAAACAAAGGCUUCCCCCCAAGAAAAGCCUUCUUCCCCAGAAGCAAAGGCCACUUCCCCAGAAACAAAGUCUGCCUCCCCAGACACCAAGGCUGCUUCCCUGGACGCAGAGCCCACCCCUCCACACUCAGAAGCAGGCCAGCAGGCUGCACCGGCCACUGGGCAGCAAGGAAGUGCUUUGCUGGAGAAGGACAAAGAGGAUCAGGUGCUUGCUGUCAGUGGUGUCCAGAAAGACAGGGAGGCUGUGGAUGUUGAAAGAGAUGCACUGAAGGACAACAGCAGCAGCAGCCAGUCAGUGACCAGAGAUGCUGACAGUGAAUCGUCAUCCUCAGGUGCUGGCAAAGCUCACUCUUUCUAUGUUGUUCCUUUGAACACCUUGGAGCUGAUGAUGCAGAUGGAGGAGAUGGCUGUUGAGCUGAACAAGUACUGUGAGAGCGCCCCCAGCGGCCCCCACCAACCACGCCUCGGGGAAGUGUGUCUCGCUAAAUUCAGUCAAGAUGGCAACUGGUACAGAGCAGUGUGUGUCACCUUGGGCAGCACCAGCGCCGUGGUCGUCUUUGUGGACUAUGGUAAUGUUGAUAAGGUCUUGUAUACAGACAUGAGGAAGAUCCCUAAACAGUUCCUGGAGUUACCGUGCUUUGCCCUGCAUCGCCCCCGCCCAGAUUCAGACACCAGCAAAAUGUUGGAGCCCGGCCAGACAAGUGUCCUCUCAGCCUUUGCCUUCCUCUCACCCCUCAACAUGCCACCAGAGGGCAUCAUCAAGACUGCUUAGUGUGCCCAAGGUGUGCCUUCACACCGUGCAUUAUGUUAUCUGGUCUGGUCGUGAAGGUUUGUUUUGUUUUACUGAGAACAAUUGGAAUAGUUUUGGCAAAGCAUUUUUUUAGUUUUCAUAUUUCAGUUGUAUGAACAGGUAUGUUCAAUAAUGUUUUCCCAGUGAAUGCUACGCUAAUUUUCGUUAACCAGACCCAAUAGUUCUGUUAACUUGUGUAUACAAUGUACUCCUAAGAUGCAACUAAAUUGCAUCAGUCAACAGUUACUUACUUAUUUGAAUUAGUCUGUACAGUUAAGUAAACAAAGCACUUGAAUGGUUAAUUAUUUGUCUACUAAUUUAUGUACUUGCACAUUAUGAAGUAUGAUAAGUAGCUGACAGUAGUUGUGUUCUAUUCAAGUUUUUAUAUAGAAAAAAAUCUGAAUCAAAAGAAUGCAGAAAAAGAUGGGCAAGCUACCAGUCCAUUCCCUCAGCUGAAGGGAAUGGACCUUAGUGUAAUGUAUACAUAGUAAGGGUUUAGAAAGUUGUGUUUAAGGAAGCUUUACUUUUUGUUUCAUCUUAUCAUUCUAAUAUGCUAAAAGAAAUAAGUAAAGUAGUUCUGCCAACCAUCCCGCCACUGAGACCCUUGAAAGAGGUAAUGCAUCACUUAUUGCUGCUGAGUAUUCCUAUGAUAAAAAAAUGUUGCCGAGCCCAGAUUAUUUGAAUGGGCUGAAAAUACAUUAACGAAGUUGUCUGAUCUUGUGCUCAGCUGUGAUGAGUAGGAUGGUGUCCAUUAUAAAUUUCUACAAUUUUAUAAUGUGUCAAGUGUGUGUUACAUCUCCAAGAUACUUUUUGAAGAGUUGCAUUAUAUAAUUAAUGAAUUGAUAAUAUCCCAAUGCUAUGUAAUUGAAGAGAUAAGCUUAAUAAAAACGGUUGAAAAUA